GCUGUCAAAAUUCAAUGUGCGGCUUUUAGAUUAUGAAAUAAAUAUUAAUUUGAUGAAAUAAACUUUAUUAACUGUUUAAAUAUGGCAUUAUCAUUUUUUCGUAGCAAUGUUAUUGCAAGAAAUGUCAAACGUCAACUUUAUCAGAAUAAACGAAACGCUGGAUAUGUUGUCCUGAUUCCUGAGAUCGGCGAGGAUGCCGAGAACACUCUGCUCUCUGAUAACGGCUUGCCAGAGUUCAAUGACAUUUCAAUCGAGAAGUGCAUUGCGACAAUCAGCAAACAAAGCUUGGAAUAUGAAAAUGGAGUCAAGCAGAUUGAGCAAACUUCAGCCAACUGUAAAAAUGCCUUUGAAGAAGUAUUCAAGCCAUUGGAAAAGCUUGAUUCACAGCUGGAACUGACUUGGGGUUUGGCUAAGACAUUAUACCUUGGCAACAGCUCACUAAUGCCAACCAAGUCAUACAUACAAAUACAUGAAAGAGCACACAAGGCACGCUCCACUAAAUUCAACAGUAUUCCUAUUUUCCAAGCCGCCAUUACUGAAAAGAAUCGCCUCAAAAAGCUGACUGAUGAAGAACAAAGGCUUCUUGAUAAGUAUAUAUUAGAAGGAAAACUCAAUGGUUUAGAUGUUAAGGGUAUGAAAAGAGACAGAUUAAGUAAUAUACUUUCAGGUUUGCAGAAAGAGAGGCAGAUGUUCAGAGACAAAGUGAAUAUUGCUAAUAAGGUUUUCACAAGUACCAUAAAAGAUGGCAGUGUAAUGAGGGAAUUCCCAGAUACAUUAGUCCAUUCAAUGGCCAUGGGUGCGGACCCCAAUAAAGGCCCCUGGAAGGUUACAUUGCAGCCACAUAUCUAUGAGCCUUUCAUGCAAUACUGCCCCAACAGACAGCUGCGAUGGAAUGCGUGGCAGGCCCAUGUACAGAGAUGCUCCAGCUAUGUAAAUAAGGAAAUAGAAACUGCCUCAAAUCUGGAGAAUGUCCGAAGUCUACGAAGAGAACAAGCAAUUAUCCUGGGUUAUGAAACAUAUGCAGACAUGAGCAUGGAAACCAAAAUGGCUGGAUCAGUAGAAAAUGUAAAUAAUGUGCUUGACAGCUUAUUGGAGAGUGCCAGAUCCAUGCAGGAUGUUGAACUUGAGUUACUACACAGGUAUGCGCAGGAACGAGGGUUUGAUGACAAACUAGAGCACUGGGAUAUACCUUACUGGCAACGAAAACAGAAAUGGUCACUAUAUGGGUUUGAUGAAGACAAAAUAAGGGAGUACUUCCCACUCCCAAAAGUUAUCAAUAGCCUCUUCAAUCUCUGUAGCACUCUGUUUAAUAUCCAAAUUGUUGAGCGUGCAGGCAUCAACACAUGGCACAAAGAUGUAAAAUUCUAUGAUGUGUUUGACGAAUCUGGUAAUACACCAAUUGCCAACUUUUAUUUUGACCCUUAUGCGCGCCAGGACCAAAAAAUACGUAUAUAUGAUGAUGCUGGCUGGCACAUAGCUAUGAGAAAUAAAUGCAAAUCUUCUGAAACCACUCCACUGUCUGCAUUAAUAUUCAACUUCCAAGCACCUUCUGAUGGCAAACAAUCUUUACUAUCCUUCAAUGAGGUUAGCAUUCUUUUCCAGAGAUUUGGACAUUCACUUCGACAUUUACUAACCAAAGCAAACUAUUCCGAGGUAGCUGGACUGUCUAAUGUGGAAUGGGAUGCAGCUGAAGUCUGUGGUCAAGUGAUGACCCACUGGCUGUAUGACCCACACACUAUCACUGCUCUAAGUGGACAUUAUAUUACAGACGAGACCCUGCCAGACGAUAUUAUCAAGAACCUGCAAAACAUCAGAGGUCACAUGUCAGGGUAUAACCUGUGCAAAGAAUUGUAUCUAUCCAAACUUGACUUAGAAUUUCACACAAAGACAGCAUUUUGGAGGGACAUAGUGAGGGAAUUGUGGCCAAAAUAUCAUGCAUUACCAUUUGACAAGUACGAUUCCCACCCUCUUUCCUUUACAAAGAUUGUGUCUGAGGAAUGGGGAAGCGCGUACUACUGCCGCUUGUGGUCGAGAAUGAUUGCGGCUGACAUUUACAGUGCAUUUGAAGAAGCGAGGAAAGGCGAUCAAGAUAUUAUUGCAGUAGGCAAGAGGUACAGGGAUACAUUCCUGGCUGUGGGCGGCAGCUGCCAUCCCAGCGAGGUGUUCCGAAGAUUCCGAGGAAGGGACCCCUCCCCACACGCUUUGCUUAAAAAUCUUGGUCUGCCCAAAAAAGUUAUUGAAGAAUAGAAGUAGUGUCCAGUUAUGUAUUAUAAUUUUAUAAUAAUAAUGUUUUCGUUUUAAGAUUUGUCUUUGUUAUUAUUAAAUUAAUUAGGUAUUUUCUUCUUCCUAAUGUAUUUAUAACUCAUUGCCGUCGUCGAGGUGAACAGGAUUAUAGGUAAAAGGUACUACAUGAAACUAAUACAUACUUUAAAAUUAA